UUCAAACCUAAUUCAUAAUAACUUCAAUACUAUCUUAACAUCGACCACUUUUCCUCGACCUCGAUCUCGACCUCGAACUGGCGCGCGCUCUUCUGGAGCUUAAUUGCUUUGUUAUUUAAUUUGCCUCCUAUUUUGAUUUUUGCUUUAGUAUCUUGAGGGACGCCAAUAUGGAGACGGAGAGUGUGCAAUUUAGGGCCAGCGGUAUUCAAAAACCAUCGAAAGUAACGACGGGAAUACCUAGACCCGGGUCUAUUUCCAACGUCAGCGGCCUUCACGAGAUGACUAGUUCUCAGACUAAUGUUCGGUCGCAACCGUCAUCGUCGAUUCCGGCGGCACAUGGACUUAAGCGUAGUGUGCCGGCGCCAGCUGUACAGUCCGAUGCCAAGCGAGUACCUCUGUCCAAAAGAGCGGGAGAACAUGCUAGUACCUCUAUCACGACAUACCAGCCUACACAGAGCUUGAGAGGUAUGGCUCUGAAAGACGUGGUGAGUAACAUCCUUUUAAUUACAAGUUUCGAGAGCUCGAUACCACUCCAAAUUCCGACCAGAGUCAACACUCUACCCGUUCCAUAACAUCAUAUACCCUGACUAGUAUGCUAAUCCUCCCGGUAAACAGCCCAGAUCCAACCACGCGAGCUUCAACGGUGCCUCAGUGUCCCGUCACACUUCGAACAGCAGCUAUUCCUCC